AUGUCCCGGCAGUCUGUCUGCAGAAGCUUUGGGGGAGGGAGCAGAAGGGGCUACAGCUCUUGCUCUGCCAUCGGCGGUGGCUUUGGAGGUGGUGGCAGCAGAAGCAGGAGCAGCUACAGCUCGUUCUCUAUGUCCAGGGGAUAUGGAGGUGGUGGACGUUGUGGAGGCUUUGGCAGCAGGAGCCUCCAUAACAUGGGGAGCAGCGGAAGGAUUGCCAUAGGUGGAUGCUACAGCGGUGGAGGUUAUGGAGGCAGAAUGGGUGGCUUUGGUGGAGGCUACGGAGGACUAGGCAGCUACGGAGGAGGAAUGGGCUUUGGUGGAGGAAUGGGUGGUGGUGGUGGAAUGGGCGGCUUCGGUGGAGGGAUGGGUGGCUAUGGUGGAGGAAUGGGAGGUGGAGGAAUGGGUGGCUAUGGUGGCCCAAGCUUUGGCUUUGGUGGCCCUGGUAGAGGUGGCCCUGGCAUUCAGCCCGUGCAGGUCGACACAACCCUGCUACAGCCAGUCCAUGUUGAGAUCGACCCCCAGAUCCAGCAAGUGAAGAACCAGGAGAAGGAGCAGAUCAAGACUCUUAACAAUCAGUUUGCCUCCUUCAUUGACAAGGUGCGCUUCCUGGAGCAGCAGAACAAGGUUCUCUCCACCAAGUGGGAGCUCCUGCAGCAGCAAGGGCCUUCAGGACCCAGGAAGAACCUGGAUGUCAUCUUUGAAAACUACAUCCAGAACCUGAGGCGGCAGCUGGACUCCAUUCUGGCACAGAGGGGACAGCUGGAAUCCGAGCUGCAGAACAUGCAGCAAUACGUUGAGGAUUACAAAAACAAGUAUGAGGAAGAGAUCAACAGGCGCACAACAGCUGAGAACGAGUUUGUGGUGCUCAAGAAGGAUGUGGACACCGCCUACAUGACCAAGGUGGAGUUGGAGGCCAAGGUGGGAGCUCUGACUGAUGAGAUCAACUUCUUGAGGGCCAUCUAUGAGGAGGAACUGUCUCAGAUGCAGACAAUCAGCAGGGACUUGUCUGUGGUGGUGUCGAUGGACAACAACCGGCACCUGGACAUGGACAGCAUCAUUGAGGAGGUCAGACGGCAGUACGAGCAGAUUGCCCAGAACAGCAGAGCUGAAGCUGAGGCUUGGUACCAGAGCCAGUAUGAGGAGCUGCAGAGCACUGCUGGAAGGCACGGGGACAGCCUGCGCAACACCAAGAUCGAGAUCCAGGAGCUGACCAGGAAUGUCCAGCGGCUGCGGGCUGAGAUUGAGAAUGUGAAGAAGCAGAACCAGCAGCUGCAGGCAGCUAUUGCUGAGGCCGAGGAGAGGGGUGAGAUGGCCCUGAAGGAUGCCAGGGUGAAAUUGGAAGAGCUGGAAACUGCUCUGAGCAAGGACAAGGAGGAGCUGGCUCGCCUGCUGAAGGAAUACCAGGAGCUGCUGAACAUCAAGAUUGCCCUGGAUGUGGAGAUUGCCAUGUACAGGAAGCUGCUGGAGGGAGAGGAGAACAGGCUGUGCAAUGAUGGAAUGUCCAACGUCAACAUCUCUGUGAUAGGCAGGACCACCAUCUCUGGAGGAAGAGGAGGCAUGGGAGGAGGAUUUGGAGGCAGCGGAAUGGGUGGAGGAUUUGGAGGCAGCGGCAUGGGAGGAGGAUUUGGAGGCAGCGGUAUGGGAGGAGGAAUGGGAGGAGUGUGUGGCUCAGGAGGAGGCUUUGGAGGUGGAAGCUCUGGCGGCAGCUGUGGAAUGGGAGGAGGAAUGUACAGCGCAGGCUUCUCCUCUGGAAGUGGAAGGAUUUGCGGCUCUGGGGGUGGCAACUUCAGCUCCAGUGGGGGAUCCUCCUCCAUACGGAGAUGCGUCACAACCACCUCUGUCAAGUCUUCAGGAGUGAGGUUCUGA